CGCCGCGUACGCUCUCUGCCUGUGCCUCUCUGCUACUCAGCGAUUUCGUGCGAGACCGGCAUUCUGACCUGGUAAGCCGCCAGUGUCGGGUCGAGAGAGACAAGCCCAAGUCACUAUACACACAACUUUUUUAAUUCUCCCACUAAGUUUUUUCUCGAUACACUUUGAAAAGAAACUCUGUGUCUACGACAACACACACUUACACUUUAAAACGAUCGUACUGAAACUGGAACGAUUGUCUGUACUUUUAACAUUCACACACACCUCUACCUCUUAGCUAAUUUUGUAUUAUUUUGUUACUUCUAUACCUUUAAAGUUACGCCCGCAACAGUUUAACCAAAACUUUGACGAACAAAAUAAGUGCCUUCGUUGAAGUACGAUCGAAACCAAAUAAACCAAGCUGAACUGCCAAAGUGUUAAUUGAUGUGUGUUGGUGAUUGCCAUUAUCCACAAGGACUUUAAUUUUGCGAAAAUUAAACGAAUUGACACGAUAAGAACGAACAAUUUUGUGUCCAGUGUAAAGAGUCAUUGAUAAUAAAAGAACUUGACUUUAUUGUCGAUGAAAUAAAAUCUGCCCAGAAAGUGUAUACAGUUUUUUUCGAGAAUCAGCACAUUCUUGAUCUGUGCAUAAUCGCAGAGAGACGACACGUGCUCUUUCUCGACCAUACACACUUGUGGCACCUCACUGCACGUUUAUCAACGAGAGAGAAAAGACUACUAAUAGCCCAAAACAUGGAUCUACUGUGUUGCGAGUCGACGUCUCAGAUGGAGUGCCCGGCAUACCCAGACCCGAAUCUCCUCGACGACGAUCGAAUGCUACAGAAUCUGCUCAAGAGCGAGGAACGGUAUGCACCCUCGGCCACGUACUUCUCCAACGUUCAGAAGGAAAUCACGCCUGUCAUGCGAAAAGUCGUCGCCGAAUGGAUGCUCGAGGUCUGCGAGGAACAAAAGCGCGAGGAGGUGUUUCCGCUGGCGAUGAACUACGUGGACAGGUUCCUGAGCAUCUGCCCCAUAAGGAAGCAGCACCUUCAGCUCUUGGGCACUGCCUGCCUGCUGCUCGCUUCGAAGCUGCGCGAGCCAAGGCCCAUCUCCGCCGAGGUGCUCGUCUUUUACACCGACAAUUCCAUCACACUGCAAGAGCUUUGGAGGUGGGAACAGCUGGUCGUCUCGAAGCUCAAAUGGGAUUUAUCAGCGGUGACGCCGAACGAUUUUAUUUUGUACAUUCUGGCACGUCUACCAGUCGAUUCGCGCAGAUGGGACACGAGGAUGAUCAGACGACACGCGAGGACCUUCAUCGACUUGAGCCAUCGAGAGUACUGCUUCUCCAUGUACACGCCGAGCAUAGUGGCCGCAGCAGCGAUAGCAACGGCUCUCGACGGCCUCGAUUGGACCAACAAGACCGGCUACAGCCUCAACUGGCUACUCGCCGAACUUACCCGCAUCACCGCUGUCGAACAGGAAUACCUGAAAAGCUGCCACGAGCUGAUCGAGGAGAUGGCUCGAGGAGGUAACGUCAGCAAUCUGAUGCACCCCGGUACGCACAGUCUUCAGCAUCAACAGCAGCAACAGCAACAGUAUCAUCACAAUCAGACCAUCGACCGAGUGUCCGACGUGACGAUGACGGUGGGGGACGAGUCGACGGGGACGACCAUGAUGGAGCAGGAUAAGAUCACGGAUUAUGAAAAUAAAACUGGCACGCCGACCGAUGUCAGGGACAUUCAUUUCUAAAGAAUCUCUCCGAUGCAACAAACAAACAAACACACACACACACACUCGGACUAAUGGCGCGCGCCCAAGAAAAAGCAUCAUUUUCAUUCUUGCGUGCUGCGCGCCUUCGUUCAAUGAAAAUUAGGCUAAGAUUGCGCAUCCAAUCAUCGGCAUUGGAUUCUAAGACUUAAUGGUUUCGCAGCGAACGAGCGAAACCACAGCGAUGAAGAGGAUUACUGCGAGCGUCGAGGCCCAAUUGCGCAUCCCACGUUGUCAGCGUCAACGAAGGAGGAGCUUUCCGUUUUUUUUAUCCUUUUUUUUCUCGACUCAUUGUGUUUGCUCGAGUUUGAAUUGUUAAGAUGAUUUAGAUUAUUUUUUCUCUCAAGUUUUCGAAUCUUUAUCUUCUUUCUAUUUUUUUUAGUUCAAAUUCAUUUUUGUAAUGCAUUAUUUAGAAGCUACAAUACUUUUAAGCUAUUGUUUUUAACAUUUUUUUUAUUGAGUUUUAAUAUUAAAAAUUUAAAAAUAAAUUGUGUCUUGUAGACACUGAUCUAUCAUCUAAGAAAAUCAACAUCGAGUAAUGUAACUCAUCGAUAUUUUUGAGCGUUUUAAAUGUAUUCAGCGCGUCACCGAUCCUGAGGUCGGUAGCGUAUUACGUAUAUUUUAAGUUCUUUGCUAAACAUUUUUAUGAGUACACAGAAGAGAAAAAGUUUAAGAAAAAAAUUCCAAGCCUCGAUGCAUCCGUUAAUAAGACUUCAAAUGUAAAACCAAAAAAAAAUGUGUAAAAACGGGAAAAAUGGUAGGAGCGGCGGUAGUUAUCGUGCAAACUCGAAGAAAAAAACGAAAAUGUUAAGGAGGCGUGCUGGGGGAAGGCAAUGCAAUACGCUUUAUAAAUUAUUAUGUCUAGGAGUAUAAAACUUAUACUUAAAUACUUAUUAAGUUUGUAGAUGGAGAAAAAAUGUAAAUUGCCUUACAUCGAAGCGCGAAAUUCUAAACGUUCGAUUGCGUAAAAAUAUUUGCGAAAAAAUUUAGUCACAUCGAGUCAUUUACUAACGUUUGUAAAUAGUACGUUUCAAGUAUGUUUUUACUCUUAGUUACAAUUGAACGAUUUAUUAUUGAAUAAAAUAUAUUUUACUACGACUAUAUUAUUAAGUGUGUAUAAUGGUGAGUUAAAGGCUUAUUUGAAUAAAUAAUUUAUAAAAAUACCUUUUCUCGUUUAACUGAGCGCACUACUCUUAUGAUAUUGUUAAAGAAUGAGCACGUCCGAAUAUUUUCAAUAAAAAACAUAAAAAAUAAAAAUGACUAAAAAAAUUGUAUAGAACGAAACGUCGUUGUAAGAGCUCGCGAUGCUCAAAAACUUUGUUCCUAAAGUAUAACGGAAUGAAUGUCAUAAUAAUGCGUUAAGAAAAAUGUAUAUUAUGUAUGUGUGCAAAAAUUAAACAUGUUGAAAUAAUUCACGGUCAGAAUUCAAUAAGUUCAAAGAAUACCCUGUUAUUACGCUGUUUAACAAUGCGUAUCUGGAUUUUGAAAAAACUCAUUUGUUAUUACUUGGAUUAAUACGUCAUUAAACGUUUUGAGAUUUUUAAAGAUAUUAAAAUUUCUGACCUUUUACAAAAUGUUUAAAUCAGGCUUAGAAAAUGUUUUAAAAGAUUUCUAACAAAGUCUAGUAAAAAGUUUAUCAUAAAAAGGAUUGAGUGUUAUUAUUAUAUACGAAUGUACAUAAAAUAUAUAAAAUUAAAUUUACAGUUAUUGGUUAACAUUACCGUAUUCAUAAAGUUUGUAGAUAGACAAAAAACCUAUAUCAAGCAGAUAUUUACUUCUUAAUAUAAAUAUCGCGAUUAAUGUGUCAAGUCACAUUGUUUGAAAAAGUGGUUAGUACUUAACAUUCAAUGCAAUGGUGAAAAAAUUCAAUAAAGAAUCUGUAAUUGAAAAGUA